AUGGCAAGUGACGAUAAGAGGCAAACUCUGAGAGAUACAGUUUUCAAAGAGUCCUUCGAUUUAUCACAGAAGAUGCGUCUUGGAAUGUUUUCUGUCCCAGUUUCAACAGCAAUAGGUGAUGAUACGUAUUUCAAGACGAAGCCUGCUAGAAGAGAUGCUGAAGGCAAUGUCAUUACAGAUCCUAGAAACUUCACUACUAAAAACCCUAAGAAGGGUAACAUAGAUAGUGUACUAUUCUCCAAACCAGAAUAUAUAAGCAUAGGAGAUCCUUUCAAAGAACCAUAGAGGGUACCAAUGAGAGAUUCUAAGAAGGAUGGUUUUAAGAGUGGAGGUCAUGACUUGAAUUUUAAGCCAGCAAAGACUGUUUAGCGUACAGUCAAGGCUGACUUUGAACAUAUGACUGAUUUCAAGGAAGUUUCAAAAAGUAGAAAAGCCCCCGAAGGAGGAGUGAUUACUGAGCCUAAGAAUUUCCUCACUAGUCCACCUAAGAAAGGCAUCGUAGGUAAAGGUACCACAUUUACUGGGAAUAUAGAACACCUUCCUGAUCCCUUCGACACUAAAAAAGAAAUUGCUAGAAAAGAAAGAUAAGAUCAUUAGAGUAAAGUCUAGGAUAAACCUUUUUCUUAAAAAGUCAAAGGCAUUCAAACAUUUGCAACUAUAAAAGAGGUUUUCGGGGAAGAUAGAAACUAUCCUUAAAAAUAGCCUCCAAGCCCAAAAUCACCAUUAAUGACUCAUGAUAUUCCUUUUAAACCCUCAAAUCCUCCCAAGAGAGGAUAUAACAAGACUUUGGAAAAAUUCCCGGAAUAUAAAGAAGACCCUCUUAAAGAAAUCACUCGUAAAAAGGAAGAAGAAGGAAGCAGUAGUGCAAAGUGGAAGCCAACUCACAAUGCAAAAACAGUACCUACACCUUCAAUUUCUACUUAAUAUAAGAACUUGAAAACUGAAUUACCAUCUGCUUUCCAAAAAUUCUGA